AGGAGUCAACGGAAAAUGCCUUACCAGCUGUGGUUGACGAAAGGAAUAAUGUACCUGUGUACGCAACCAUUCAGCGAAGCAGUGACUCAAAGGAAUUAAAGAAUAAAUCGGUUAGCGUAGCUUUAAACCUCGCCGUUGUAAAAGGAAGCACCGCCACUACCAAACACAGUGAUAUGGAUAAAAAUGGCGCUAGUUUGAAAACCUAUUCGGGUACUUUGAUGAACGAAAACAAUCUAGAAAUAGAUGAAGACGAGGCAGAAGCACGAAUUCAUGCAAUCAGAUUUGAAGAACACGGCGGAGUGUACUAUAACAGUGCAAAUGAAAUACAGAAGGGGAAGGUCCGGGUUUGCGACCUUCCAAAGUUUAUCGCCAACAAGGACACGACCUUUUUUGAAGAAGAAUUCGAAAAAUUGCCGUACGGUCUGAUAAAACAGUAUGACCAAUCACAGCUCGAAGGAAACAUGGCAAUGAACAGAUACAAGGGAAUUUAUCCAUAUGAUGAAAGCAGAGUGAAAGUUUUUGGAGGACAUACUGACUAUAUUAACGCAAGCUUCAUUGACGGCUACAAGAAAAGAAAUGCAUUCAUUGCAACAUUAGGGCCUAUGUCAAAGCAGCUAGGAGAUUUCUCAUCAUUCUGGAGAAUGAUUUGGCAACAGAAAGUUGAUACCAUCGUCAUGGUUACUAACCUCGUUGAAGAAGGGAAAGACAAAUGCGAGCAGUACUGGCCGAAUGUGGAAUCGAGUACAAUGUACGGGGAUAUCAGAGUUUCAUGCACAAACGAAGACACGUAUGCAGAGUUCAUACGAAGAACGUUUGUGAUAAAUUUGAAGAAAGAAAAACGCAAUUUGUACCAUCUCCAUUUCACUGCCUGGCCAGAUAAGGGGAUUCCAGAAGAUGUGACCUCUAUAGUAGAGUUCAGACAAAAAGUGUUAAAUGUACCGGUUGUUCUUGGUGGACCAACUGUCGUACACUGCAGUGCAGGAAUAGGGCGCACAGGCACUUACAUAGCUCUAGAUAUCCUGAUAAGAGAAGGGGAGGCAGAGAAUAUGGUGGACAUACCCGGCUGCGUUGUAACCAUGAGACAGAACAGACCCAACAUGGUCCAGACAGUGGAACAGUACGAGUAUCUUCAUCACGCGCUUGUCCAUGCUCUUACAUUUGACUGCAAACCAGUGGCUAGGGAUACAUUCCAAAAAUACAUGGACGGCAUCACGCAUGAUAUGAUUACCAGGAAGUUUACGCAAUUGCACACAACGGUCUCUCAACGGCCCAGCGAAGAAAAGGAAGCCGAGUCUAGAAAUAGAAACCACAGAGACAAGAACAGAGAUGGAGCGGAUAUUCCUGGUGACGAAAACCGACCAAGGCUGCACUUGAACCUUAAGCCAGGUGCCUCUGACUACAUAAACGCCGUGUAUAUCAAUAGUUUCAGGAAAGCUAAGCAGUGGAUUCUUGCCCAGACACCACUGCCAGGCACAGUGAACGACUUCCUCACACUUGCGUUGCAGGAGAACUGCUCAUGUAUCGUCGGCAUGGAACCUGACACAGAAGGAGACAAGACGGUGGGAGUUUACAUCGCCGCCGACAACCAAAUAAUAAAGAAGGGACUGUUUGCUGUCAGUGGUUCAGAUCCAGUAGAUAACGAAUACAUGACCACACGCUCAAUGACGAUAUCGUACAGGGCUGCACCUGGGCAGCCAAGCAAAGAGCAUACGAUCCAACAUCUUCAGUUCACUGACUGGGACAUGGACAGAAACGAACCACGUUCACCUUCAAACUUCAUGCGCUUCAUCAAGGACGUCGAGGCGCAGGCCAGCCUGCAUUCCAGUGGUCCUGUUUUAAUACACUGCUUGACUGGUGCUGGAAGGGGUGGACUAUUGUGUGUCGUCGCAAUGCUAACGGAAAUGAUGAUGGAAGUAGAAUGUGAGGUCAGCGUGGUAAACGCUAUCAGAAAGAUCAAGACCAGGCGGAGGGGAGCAGUUCCGAAUCAGGAGCAGUUUGCGUUUUGCCACGAAUGUAUUUUGGAAUACAUUUCCAGUUUCGAUACAUAUUCAAAUAUCGUUAACAAUUUACGAAUGUAGGAACAUACAUCCGAUUUUUAUAAACAGUGGAUAUUAUCCAUAGUCAACAGCAAAAUAAACUAAUGUGGGUCAUUAUGAAAAUAUACGUCAACAUAUUUGCUUUAUUCAGGUAUCAACAAUUUCAUUGUGUCGUUUUGUUCACACAUCUUUGAAGAAUAUGAUCUCAUUGGUCAAAUUUUAUAAUGUGAAUACCAUUUACCAAAACAAAGAUGAUAAUCACGUAAUGAACAAUUAAUAUAAAACAUAUGAACUUAUAACUGUUUUGUGCUUGUUCACAAUUAAUGUUUCGUUUUCGUAUUAAAAGAUCCCUCAGGCAAAUUAAACAGCGAGAAUAAAUUUAUUUAUCUUCAUAGUAAUUAUAAUCAUCAUCAUCGUCUUUUUCAUCAGGUCGGACACCAACAUAUUAAGUAUAAUUUGAAUGCUAUUUGAAGCUACAUUUUACUAUAACACAACAAACCUUGAACAAAUGUUAACUUAUUAUAUGAGAGAAACAUUAACAAUAAAAAAUGUCACAAAGUUCAGGCCAAAAAUCUAAAAGAUCAAACUUAAAUAAGAUACUGUUUUUUUACACGUAUGACACAUAUGUUUUUAAAAUACAAAUCAUGUGUAAAUGGAGCGUUCACCUUAACAAACAUAUAGUUGGAACAUCUAUUCAAGUCGGUGAUAAGACUGCUUUUUAAAUAAAGAUGUUGUUCAUACAUUUCUAUAUCGCACAAAUAUUUUAUAUUAUAUCGGUGUUCAAAAUACAUUUGUCAAAUGAUUGUAUCUUACAUAACGUAAAAAAAUAGAUUCAUUGUACAAUAUAUAAUAUGUUAAAUGAUGAACAUAUGUAUUAAUUUAGGCUUACUGCUUACAUAUAGCUUUAUUAGCUGCAGAUUAAUAACGGAAUACUAAUAGCAAUUUUGCAUGAUUUAUUUCUCGCCAAUAUUGGCUUUAUUUGUGUGAACUCUAUAAGCAUAUAUUGCACGAUUGGAUUGUGUUCAAUAUUUUUAAUCGGUUUAAUUCGUACACACCUCAUGAUAACGGGAAAUCCUUUUGAACCUGAUUUCAGUAAAGGCUGUGAUGAAUUGAUCUUAAUGGUACUAACGUAUAAACCUCGACCAAUAUAUUCACAGGCCGAUAGGGCGUUCGUUAAUAAUUUGCCGACGCGAAAUAACUUACGAUAUUAUUUUUGUAAUGAGUUACCAACGUUGUGCAAAGAAAACGGUUCUGUGCAUAUGAAACGAAUAAAAGAAGAUUGCACAUGUACAUUUAAAUAUAUUUAUAGAGAUUAACCUUCAUAUAUAUUUAUAAAUAACCUUUAACAAGUACUAUUUAACAUAGUAUUUGUGAUUAGAAUUCGUAUGAAUCUGUUAACAAUAUUAAAGUGCUUGAUUUGUUUGAGUUGUCUGAUAUAUUGAAUGCCAAGCAAUCGAAAAUUGUGAAACAAUAAUCCAACUUAACUAUUGAUAUUUGAUCUUUAAAAAAGAAUCGUUUUGGAAAGUGUUCACACAAAAUAAAUAUCAUCGAGGAGUGUAUGUCGGAAUUUGAAAAUACAAUAUAUAUGCUUUAUCAUUCUCUUACUUGUUAAAUUUGUGUUUUGUUUUAAGGAAAACUUUGUCAAGUUUUCGUUGCUCAGCGCAUGAUCUCAUGAUUGAGAAAGGUCGCCAUUUAUCAAUAGAUAGACAUUUAGGAUUGUGUCCAUUAUGUGUAAAAAUAAUAUAAGCGUUGUUGAAGAUGAAUAUCAUUUCUUUUUUUAAUGUAAUGAAUACGAAACAUUUAGGCAAACAUUCUUCAAAUCUGACUGGUUAAGAAACCGAUCUCAUGAAAUGUUUAUACUAUCUUAAGCUUAAAAGAUGAACAUAAUAUUAUAAAUAUCGCUAAGUUUUUGCAUAAGUCGCUUGUAAGAAGAAAAGACACUUUAAACAUACAUACUUGAAAUAGAUGGUUGAAAUACUCUUUCUUAAUUUUUAAUCAUGUGUCUAGAGUUAUCAUUUGAGAAACUUGUUUUAUUUCAGCAUUAGUAUAUUAAAUGCUUUACAUAAAUGAAGUGUAUAACAACAUGCUUUAAUGUUCUUAAAUGUAUGAUUAUGUAUCACUCUGUUUGAUAUAUUUACAUGUAAAUGCUGUAUUUAGGGCCAGUGGCCUCUAUGACCUAUAUCACUUGAUAAACAUGUCUAUGUCUAUGUCUAAUAAUGCUUUGCUUGAACAUGUAUUAAAAAUGUAUUAGUUCCUCAAAGAAAUAUAUGUUUUGUUUGAUGAUGACUGUAAAUCAGCCAAACAUUAUUUUAAUGCUGCUAAGAACACUUAUGCUGAGAUUAUUGUGUAGAAAAUAAGCUUAUUUUUAAUGUAAGACAAUAUAUUUGUAAAACAAAAAUAAUUGCGCAACCAAAUAGAUUUUUAGUCUUAACUUGCAGAUAUAAGCAAACAAUCUCCUCGCCCCUUUUUGGAAUAUUGUAAAACAUUAAAAACAAUAAUUAUCCUUUUCGGAAAAUUUAAAGCAAAAUGAAAUGUUCAAUCCCUUCAACAUAUUACAUACACCUGAGCGUAAUAAUACACCCACUGAUAAAAAUAAUAAUGUUUAUAUUGAUCAGCUUUAUUGCCCCAGACCAGUUUUUAAAAUAUGUUAAACUAUAAAGCCUAAGACCUUUUUUAAUCCCGCAACUUUGAUAAUGUAGCUGAUUUUUCAUCGAUGCUAUUUUUGUCAUUCUCCAUACCUUUGUACAUUCAAACACAUUUUGAGUAUUAAAUGUAAUG